UCUUAUCUCUCUCUCUCUCAGUAUCGACUCUAAAUGACGUCGGUUUGCGUUAAAAACGUUGGUACUUCUCCGGAGAAGCUACCCCCGGCGAGUCACUCUCGGAAGAGCUCCAAAACAUCAGUUAUGAGCCUUGAAUCUCAACCGGUGGAUCCUCAGUUGGAAGAUCCAGUGGACUUUGAGUUUCUUCUCGAAGAUCCCGUCACAAUGCUAACCGCCGACGAGCUUUUCUCCGACGGAAAGCUAGUCCCGCUUAAAUUCUCCAGCGGGACUAAUCCGGAGGAGAAGCCUAUGGUUCCGGCGGUUAACACAGUACUGGAGAAACCAUGCCGAAGAUUGGAGAUGGAGAUCGAUCCUUACCUCUUCUCCCCGAGAGCUCCUCGCUGCACCGUGAGGUGGCGUGAGUUAUUGGGCCUUAAGAGACUCAACAAAACGCCGGAAGAAGCUUCCCCACCGUCGUCGUCGUCGUCGCGGUUGUCUUCUUCAACUCCAAAUCCCAAGACGAGCUCGUUUAGGCAGUUUCUCAACCGGAGCUCCAAAUCUACAACCGCAUCUCCUCCUCAGGCGAUGAUAAAAGACUCAGACAUCUCCGAGUCGUCAACGUCGAUCUCCUCCUCCCGUCUCUCCCUCUCGUCUUCGUCUUCCUCCGGCCACGAGCUCGACGACGUUCCUAGACUCUCUCUAGAUCUCGACAACAAACCCAACGCUCCAAACCCCUUCGCUAGGUCACGUGCACACCACCACUUGCGCAACCAAAGGAAGCCACGGCGUCAUGAUGAGACCACGGAGAGUAGUAAUGACACGAGGGCGUUGACGGUGACGGCGGAUAGUCCGAGACUCAACGCUUCGGGGAAGAUCGUGUUCCAUGGACUCGAGAGAAGCUCCAGCAGUCCCGGUAACUUCACCGGCGGACCGAGGAUGAAACAGCACCAUGGGAUGCCGAGAUCUCAGUCCGCACACGUCAGAAUCACUCCCGUACUUAACGUUCCCGUCUCUUCUCUCCGUGGUGGGCCCAAGUCAGGUCUCUUCUUCGGCCAGCUUUUCACUUCAUCUACGUCUGCGAACAGAGCACAGUUACAGAGCAGCAACACUGCCAAGAGCCGUACCAAUCGAACCAGGCUUGAACCGACUAGCGAAACCUAAGAAGCGAACCGGUUUCUAAUUGUACUUGUCCCGACUUUAUUCUUCGUUUUUAGUUGAGGUUUUGAUUUAAUGGUAUUUAGUUUAACCGGGGCGAUUUCAUCAGAUGAGAUUUAGAUUUGGGUUCAAAAUGUAAAUAAAGAGAAAUAUUUGAUUUUUCGAUUGGUGGUUCUGCAUGGAGCGAGUUGUUCGAAACUGGCGAAAACCAGACUGUCAUUAAUUACUGUGGUGAGAGUGAGAAGUGCUUCCCAUGUUCAGAGAUAGAUUCCAAAGAUAUUAACCACA